UACACUUGUAAGCCUUGUAUAAUUGUGAAGGGGGACCUGAUUGCAAAUAACGGCAGUUAUUUUUGGUUGCCACUUCAGAGUCUUUGGACACACUUGACAAUUGCUAUAGAUCUUGCUGGGAUAUCGUGUUUCAGCGGUAAAUAAGUGCCCAAGAUGUCUGAUAUGGACGAUGACGAUUUUAUGCAUGAAGACGACGAGGAAGAGUUCGAUUUCGACUAUGAAGAUGAGGACGAAGAGGAGCCCGACGUGGACCUAGAAAACAAGUAUUACAAUGCAAAAGGUCACAAGGAAGACGACCCGGAAACUGCCAUUAAAGAGUUCCAGAAAGUGGUAGAUGCAGAAGAGGAGAAGGGCGACUGGGGCUUCAAAGCCCUGAAGCAGAUGGUUAAAUUGUCAUUUGGUCAAAACGAUUAUCAAGCGACUCUGAGAUAUUACGAGGAGCUUAUUACAUAUGUGAAGAGUGCCGUCACACGCAAUUACAGCGAGAAGAGCAUAAACAAUAUUUUGGACUUUGUUUCAUCAUCACCGGAUAUGAAAUUUCUAGAGGACUUCUAUUCGGUAACCCUUCGGGCAUUGGAGGAGGCAAAGAACGAGCGGCUAUGGACAAAGACGAAUCUGAAACUUGCUAAACUAUGGCUUGACCGACAUGAGUAUGCGAGAUUGAAUAAGAUCCUUCGACAGCUGCACCAAUCCUGUCAGAACGAUGAUGGAACUGAUGAUCAAAAAAAAGGAACGCUUCUCCUGGAAAUUUUCGCAUUGGAGAUUCAGAUGUAUACUGAGACCAAGAACAACAAGAAGUUGAAGGCCCUGUACCAACAAUGUCUGCACGUUAAAUCAGCCAUCCCUCAUCCGCGUAUUAUGGGUGUAAUUCGCGAGUGCGGUGGCAAAAUGCAUAUGGGUGAAAAGGAGUGGGAGAAAGCUCAAAUAGACUUUUUCGAAGCCUUCAAAAACUAUGAUGAAGCUGGCGACCCCCAACGUAUUCAAUGCCUCAAAUAUCUUGUCCUUGCGAAUAUGUUGAUGGAAUCACAGAUAAACCCUUUUGACUCUCAGGAGACCAAGCCCUAUAAGAACGAUCCUCAGAUCGUCGCCAUGACUGAUAUGGUGAAUGCGUACCAAAGAAAAGAGCUCUGGGAAGUCGAAAAAAUCCUUCGCAAUAAUAAAGCAACUAUAUUGGGUGAUCCCUUCAUCCGAACCUACAUUGACGAUGUCCUCAAGAACAUCCGAACGCAAGUUCUUAUUAAGCUGAUCAAACCUUACACCCGAAUCGAGAUACCUUUUGUGUCUAAGCAAUUGAAUAUAUCGACGAGUGAAGUGGAGGACCUUCUCGUGGGCCUGAUAUUGGAUAACAAAGUUGAUGGACGGAUAGAUCAAGUCAAUCAACGCUUAGAGUUACAUUCACACUCGACAGACACGCUGCAUUAUAAUGCUCUGGAUAAGUGGUCAACCAAUAUUGGUGCGCUAUAUAAAUCUUGUAUCCACAAAAUGAGUGCGGGAUAGUUUCUGGCUUCAGGCGAAUGGGUGGUCUGCUCAAUAAAAGCCGGUGCAUCGUAACGACCUUGUGGAUGAGCGGUUUCAUUUUGAGCUCAAGCUGUCAAUCAAGGCUUCCUGCUCAUGUUGCACUUUGACGAGAGAGUCCACCUGCACUGUGAGCCUGCAUCGGUGGUGGCUUUAGUUUUGUGUAUAAGGGCCUAAGCGCCGAGAUGAUACGCACCUGUCUAAUUCAGCUUGACGCUCCUUGAUUAAGGAUUGCAGCUGCUUCUGUGUACCCUUUCUAUUCUCCAUCUGUUGUUCUGCUCGGUUUCGUAGCCCUAUCGCCUGAGGGGGUGUGGAUGUUAGGGCAAUUAUUCAUCUUGUAAAAAAGUCAAAGUAUACAACUUUAAGCUUCUCGG